GGAACCGAACUCGAAGAUCCCAGGAAGAGGACGAGAAGAGGGCGGAGCUCAAGGGCAAACGCAAAAGACGUCGAUCUCGUGACGUCAUCACGCAUAUACUUACCCGUGCGUGAACUGGCGGCUCGUGCGUGACCCUGGCGGCCCGUGCCGCUUCCCCGCCUCCGCCCUCCGGCACUUUCCUGUCCGGGGUUAGGGUCCUCGGCCGGGCGAGCCCCGCGGGCACUGUGCGAUGCCCCCGGUGAGCUCCCGGGCCCCGGUGCGAGCCAGGGCAGGAAGGCCCGGUGGCCACCUACUCCCUGAAGAGGCAUGACCGAGCCGAAGGCCGCUUGCGCCGCUGCCUCCCCCGGGCCCCGCUGCGGCCGCCUCCCGGAGCCAGGCCCUGCCCUGGGGCCCCGUCUCCUGAGGGCUCCGAGUGUGGAUCUUGCGCGGCGGGGAAUCGGGCUGCGAUCUGGCGACUUGGGGGCCUGGCCCUCUUCGGUUCCCAUCCCUCAGGUUUUAAUCUAAUUUGAAAAUGAGUAAGUGGAAGAAGACUUCAGGUGAUCAGGCAGGAGGCCUUGAAAAAUUCAGUCCUGAUGUUCUUGCUGAUGUCUCUGAACUCUUUGCCAAAAAGUUUUCCUACGGUAAACCACCCAAUAAUGAGUGGCAGUUACCAGAUUCCAAUGAUGUUUUCACCUGUGAUCACAUGGAAUUCAAUUCACUUCUUGUUUUGAAGAAUUCUAUGAAUGAAGUAAAGAACUUACUGAGUGAUAAAAACCUAGAUGAUUGGCAUCAGCACACUUCUUUCACCAACAAAGCUGGGAAAAUCAUUCCUCACGUGAAAAAGAUCGUAAAUGCGGAACUUUGUACUCAGGCUUGGUGUAAGUUCCAUGAGGUAUUAUGUAGCUUCCCACUUAUUCCACAAGAAGCUUUUCAGAAUGGAGAGCUAAACUCGGUACACCUUUGUGAAGCUCCUGGUGCAUUUAUAGCCAGUCUCAACCACUAUUUAAGAUCUCAUAAUAUACCCUGUGAUUGGAACUGGGUAGCUAACACCCUGAAUCCUUACCAUGAAGCAAAUGACAACCUUAUGAUGAUUAUGGAUGAUCGACUUAUUGCAAAUACCUUGCCAUGGUGGUACUUUGGUCCAGAUAACACUGGUGAUAUCAUGACCCUGAAACAUUUGACCGGGCUUCAGCAUUUCAUAAGCAACAUGUCUCCUGUUCACUUGGUCACUGCAGAUGGGAGUUUUGAUUGUCAAGGAAAUCCAGGUGAACAAGAAGCUUUGGUCUCACCUUUGCAUUACUGUGAAGUAGUCACUGCGCUGAUGACUCUUAGUAGUGGUGGCUCUUUUGUUUUGAAGAUGUUUACCUUAUUUGAACAUUGUUCUAUCAACUUGAUGUACUUGUUAAAUUGUUCCUUUGAGGAGAUUCAUGUUUUCAAACCUGCUACUAGCAAAGCUGGGAACUCAGAAGUCUAUGUGGUUUGUCUUUGUUAUCUGGGGAGAGAGGCCAUCCAUCCUGUGUUGACUAAAAUGAUGCAUCAUUUUGGAACUGAAAUUAUCAAUAAAGCUCUUUUCCCCCAACAUACAAUUCCAGAAUCUUUUCUCAAAAGACAUGAAGAAUGCUGUGUCUUCUUUCACAAGUAUCAGUUGGAGACUAUUUCUGAAAACAUUCGUCUGUUUGAAUGCAUCAGUGAAGUGGAACAAGCCACGCUAAAUAAUUUAAGGGACUGUGCUGUGGAGCACUACAUGCAAAAGUUCCAAAUGAAGCGCCUUUCCAAAAGUAAUUGGCUAGUAAAGAAAUCCAACAUUGGGUGUAGUAUGAAUUCUAAAUGGUUUGGACAAAGAAACAGAUACUUUAAAACCUAUAAUGAAAGAAAGAUGCUAGAAGCGCUUUCAUGGGAAGAGAAGAUGGCCAAUGGCUACUUCAAUCAUUGGACUGAAGAGCAUGCUAUAAAUAAUACUGGGAAAAAUACCGUUUUAGAAAGUGUUUGCUCUAACCUUGAAUAUCACUUGUGGUAUGUCUUAGAGGGAAUGAAAUUACCAAAGGUAAAGUGUUCUCCUUUUUGUGAUGGGGAGAUUUUAAAGACUCUAAAUGAAGCCAUCGAAAAGUCAUGGGGUGGUGCCCUGAACUUGGGUUCCACAAUUAGACAAAAGCCGCAGCAUUGCUAUUCUUGCCAUGUACUUUCUGAAGAGUUGAUUUUCUCUGAGUUGUUGAGUCUUACCAAGUGCUCUCAGGAGGAGUCAGCCGAAGGACUGAGCAACAAAAUCAAGUGUCUGCUGGUGGGUUUGCCUCCUCCCGAUAACAACACCUGUCAGGCUGUAGAAGUGAGCCUUUUGGAGUCUGCCGACCUCAUGAAUUUCCGCUGUUCGUUGCUUCAUGAUGGAGAACCCGGCUAUCAGCAGGUAUUUCUGGACUGCUUUCUGCGCUGCCUGUCUCGACUUCAACCAGGGGACGCUUUGAUCUUGCCUGUGCUGUCCUGUUUUACCCGGUUCAUGGCUGGCAUGGUCUUUGUCCUGCAUAGCUGCUUCAGGUUCGUCACGUUUUCUUGUCCGACUUCCUCCGAGCCCCUGAGCACUUGUGCAGUCCUUCUGUGUGUUGGCUAUCGGGACCUCCCAACGCCUGUGCUCCAGUACUUGCAGAAUCUGAAGGAACUGAUGAGCACGUUGCUUGGCUCUGAUGCUUCCCAUCAGGUUUUGCAGUUUUUGCCAAUGGAAGUUGUCCUUAAUGGAAUGCUGCUAGAGUUUUUAUGGGAUUUAAACACUGCCAUUGCAAAAAGGCAGUUGCAUUUGAUCAUUCAAGGAGAACAACAGCAGAAGUCCACACUGUAAAAGUGCAGACAGUGCUUUUUACCUUGGCUGUGUCUUUAGAUUUCAAAAUUGCAUUUUGAUUUAUUUUAAAGCCUCAGGGAUUUCAGUUUGGGGAAAGCUAGGUCUCCUUCAAGGUCUCUUCGGUUUCACACAGCUUCUCAUUUUCUGUAACUUUAAGGUAUACACCCAUAAGCUGAGGGUUCUUCCAGCUUUUGGAAAGUUAAUUCAUAUGAUGUUCAGCUGCUAGACUUGGAAUGUGUGUGGGUGUGGGUGUAUGUGUGGGUGUGGGGGAAGGGUAAUUAUAGGGGCUAUGCCUGUGUGAAUUCAUCUAGAUGAGCUGAUUUCUUACUCAUAAUAGGCAAGACAUAGUAACUUUAUAACACUCAAUCUCAUAUUUUAAAGUAUAAAAGGUCAUAUUGUUGGUGAGAGGAGAUGAAUCCAUCUGAACAACUCUUUAUUUCACCAUUUCAGCCUUGAUUUUCAGGGUGCCCAUAACCUUUAGGCAAUAGUCAUCUUGCUCCAUUCUUCACAUAUCUGUAGUUGUGUAAAACCAUUUCUGAGAUAGGUAUUUGUGUGUAUUCUGGGCCAAACUACUGAACCAAAAUGGUAUUAGGAAUAUUUGAACCAGCAAUCAUGUUUGAAAUUCAAAGGAAAAGAUAUUCAGCAUGCAUUAUAGACAUCUCAGUAUUAAAGACUUCACUUGGCAGUAAUGUAAUGUGUGUGAGAAAUGACUUCACAAUCAAUUAAUUCAAUAUUUUUUAGUGCAUAUUUAUAUAUCUGUAUGCUUAGAUAUAGAAAUCUUCAUAUUGGGAACUUGGAAUAUAUCAUAAGGGGGAAAAGAAUGAAGUAUUGUGGGAAGAAAUGAUGGUUCAGUAGUAGUAAUAUUCACUGUUUUGACUAUUUCAGUAGAAAACAACCUCAUAAAAAGAUCAUUUAUGGAAGAGUUAGUCAACUAAACAAACUAGCACUGGGGAAGGGGGUGUGUGGUAAGAGAAGUCUUUACUUUUUUUUUUUUUUUUUUUUUUUGCUUUCUCACUUAAAUAUUAGGGAUAAUAGGAUUUCUGAUUGGAAAUAUUGGACAAGUCAACACUAGUUAAUAAUUAUGUGAUCCCUGUGGAUCAGCAAAUUGGAGAAUAUCAUUUUGACAUGUUCAUUUAAGACAUUAUUUGGCCAUAUUAAAAAUAGAUGCACGCUCGCUCUCUGAUGGCUGAAGUAAUUUGAUAAAUAUUAUUCUGCAAAUUUUUCAUGUUCUUGGCUUGCUAUUUUGAGCUCCAUUACAGGUUUAUGAAUAAGUCACUUGCAGAGAGAAAUUUUAUUUUCAUUUAUUUAAGAAUAGAAGAGAAAGUUUGAAAAAUGUGACUCAUGCAGACAUUUUCCCUUUAAGCAAAGCUUUGGGGUAGUUUAACAGUGUUCUUUCAUUUACUGUGUCCUAAUUUGUAUUCAUUAAAAUUUAGGUUCUAAGAUUAUAAUUUACAUGGAAGGACAUGUUCAGGGAAAGAGUUCUUAAGGGGAACAAAAAUAAAUGGAUCUAAUGUUGGUGUUCAGGAUGUUACAUCACCGCUUGUCUGGUAGCAGGAGUUAGGUUUGUAGAGGAAAUUAAUAUCUUGAUUAAUUACUGGUCAUUUUGUGGAAGGAUUUUUUCUAAAUGUAAAAUAGAGGAGCCUAAUAGAUAAUUCAUUAACAAGAGAAUUAGAAACUGUUGGAAAAUUAUUUUGUCUGGCAGCUCUGAGUGUGCAUAUGUGUUUGCUAGUUUGUUUUUUUUUGUUGUUGUUGUUGCCACUUUAACAAAUUCUGCUGUAUUAUUGAUCAGUGUAUGCUUUAACAAAAACUUUUGAUUAGCAUGAUUAGCAUGAGAUAGCAUGUCAUAUUGGAUAAAAAGAUGGCCUUGGGACCAGGAAGACCUGGGGCUGGCAUCUAUAUGACCCUAACUGGAUCUCUUAAUUGGUCAAUACUCUGGGCAGCUCUCUAGGAAAAUGGGGGUCAAGCCAAAUCUGGUUCAUCAAUGAGAAUGGUUUUUAUGUUCUUAAAUACAGUAAAACUAUAUUUAAAAAUGUAAAAAAACCAUUCUUAGCCCCUGGCUGUACAAAGACAAGUGGGCUGGCCAACCUGGGCAGUAAAUUGCUCAUCUCCACAGUAAGAAUAUAGGUUGCAGAUAAGGUGCUAAUCUGCAUUGGUGGAGGAUGUUUCUUUAUUUGGGUGUUACCUCUGUCCCUGAAAGCUCAGGCCUAGCCCCUGUCCUGUCUCCUGAACAGUAUGUGGUUAAAUUCUAAUUCUAAUUCUAAAACUGAAUUCCAAUAUUCUUGAUACUUAAGGAGCUUCAAGGAAGAUUUUAAAAGCCUAGCUUUUUAAUAACCAGGAGUGGAUCUUUUUUUUCCUUCUUAAGGCACUUUUCAUCUAAUUUACAGCAUUUAAAUUCAAUCUGUAGGUGAGCCCCUAAAGUUAAAUGAUUUAGAUGCAGAUCCAACUUCCAACAAUAAUUGGAAGUGAUUUCAGUUGAAGGAAAAAGGGUAUCCUUUUGUAUGAGAAGAGCAAGAAAGUUAAGAAAUCAGGUAUGUGGUCUGUUGUGGAUCAAAGAGUUGUGACAAGUUAGAUAAUGUCUAUGAAGUGCUUUGCAAAUCUUAAAGGGCUGUGUAAAUAUUAACGAUUACAUUUUAUGUGGAUUGAGUUUUUUAAUUAAUUAUCUUCAGUAUGUUUUUUGAAGAGCAGGUAGCAGAACUCCACAUUUUUACUUUAGUUCCUCAGUAAAUUCAAGUUGAAAAGGAGCUGUUUUGUAAAUUUUGUUUCUCCAUUACAUAUUUAUAUUAGAGUGUGCUACUCCUAAGGGGGGAAAAUAAUUGUGGAACUUGUUAGAUUUUUUUAUGAGUUGUAAUAAUACUUAGAUGAUUUAAGUGGUAUUAAAUGUUUUUCCUCAAGUAAAAAUCAGGACAUUAUAAUUUGUUGUGUGUGAUAAUUGUUCUUAUAUUUGGAGUAUGUAUGUUAUUUUAUUCUAGUUUUAAAAAUUCUAGUUGAAGUAUGUAUAUGUUCUAGUUUUUUUAUUGUAAAUCUUGAUAUAUAAAGAAAACUACUGAAUGAGAAGAGCAAAGAAACUGUAUUUAUUGCUGUUAUUCAUUUUUGAUAAGCAUACAGAAUUAAAAAUUGUUUAAAUCAUCUUAUCUCUUUUAAUAUAAUUAAUUGAAGAAUAUUUGUAUUGGUUCUGAUACAUUAAGCAUAUGGGAAAUGAAUUUUUGACUCAUACUUUAAGAAAUGAAAAUAAUUUAUAAUUAUAAUCUGAAUCAGAUCUGUUUUUUCUGGGUAUUCCCCUUUUCAGUUUUCAUUAGAAUAUGCACGUUUAAGUGCUCUGUUGGUUGAUAUAAAAAGGGCAACACUGAAUUUAUUUACAUUUUUUCCUUGUAAUUUUUCAUGUGUACUGUAUUGAAAUGGUAUUUUUAAUGAAAAAUUAUUAUCUUUAUAAAUAAACAAUCUUAUUUAAUUUGUUGAA